AUGCUGCCUUGCUCGAGGCCGCUCGGUGGCCGAGCCCUUUCUUCGAGAAGGGAAGCGGUACACCUCCCAUACGUCAAACCUGCCCACUUAACGAUCAUCCCUUCGACCACUUUUCGUCACAGCUCCCACUCUACGUCCGCAGCUCAGGCAGUUGAAGAUACAGCCGAAGUCACACCGGAGACUCCUUCAAAAUCAGCAGUACUACAUCAGCUAAAGAGGGUCACCGAGCUCCAAAGUAGAGUAUCAAGGGAGAAUUCAAACGUCGGUAAACAGAUGAUUAUAGCUCAGUACCCGGACUUACGAGAGUUGUUGGAAUAUAUAUACGACCCCAAUCUGCGCACCAACCUUACCUUCGGUUCUCUCCUUAGAUACCUUGACUCCUCAUCUAGAAAGACCACACCGGGUGGACCUUCUUUACCAAAUGUGAUUGAACUGUUUGAGAGAUUAUCGAAGAAACAGAUAACAGGCAAUGAGGCCAAAGAUGUAGUUCAUGGUUUUCUGGCGGCCAACGAUGUACUCGAUGAUCAUAGGCUUCUGUUCACAUUUGGAAGACUAUUGGAUAGAAAUCUGGCAGCUGGAUUCGGAGCGAACACGUUAAAACAAGUCAUAUGGCCCAAUGGUCCUCAAACCACCAAGCCAUCCGUAUCUGCUGAAGGAUCUCUAUCGAAAGGAAAAGCAAUCUUAACACCAUCUUCAUCCCCCAGCCCACUCUCCUACAAUACCGAUAAAACACCCAUCCAUCCCCAAUCAGCAACUCUAGAUAAGUUCGAAGUAGCUCUCGGCAAAUCCCUCGAACCACCUUUCGAACCCUUAUUCAAAGAUGGCUCACAAUGGUAUGCCUCAAGAAAAUUAGACGGUGUUAGAUGUAUAACAUUCUUGGAUUUCUUGGUUCCAUCGUCUUCAAACCCAGAAUCUGCGUCUGGUACACAACCAUUGAAAUUAGUGUCUGCUCACUUUGUUUCGCGUACUGGUAAAGAGUUCACUUCAUUGAUCAAAUUGGAAGAACAAUUACAGCAUUUAUCGAAAUUACCCGAAUUGAAAAGCUGGCUAGAUGUUGAUCCACUGAUCGUGGAAACUCGGCCUCAAGGAGUGAUCAAACGAUUAGUACUAGAUGGAGAAGUAUGUGUGAUGCGACCCAAGACGCCUGAAGAGUCACAUGCAGCACAAGCAAGAGAUGAUGGUAGUCUAGCCGAUACAAUGUGGAUCGCCAAUGACAAUUACACCGAGGAUUUUCAAUCUACCGUCUCACUCAUGAGGAGAUCCGGGGAGACCAUCCAGCAUUUAAGCUAUUUCAUAUUCGACGUUUUGUCAUACUCUGAGCUAAACGCUAAAAAGAGUUUACCAGCCCAAGAAGGGUUAGGUAAGAAGUUCGGUAAGAGAAUAGAAAAUAUUAGGAAUUUGGGGAAAUGGUUGAAUGAACAUUUGGAUGAGCUGGGUGUGAAGGAGAAGAUGGUGAAAGAUUUGAAACAGAUCAAAGUUGGUGAUGCCAAGGAGGUGGAGGAAAUGGUUGAAAGAGCUGCGAGAGAGGGGUGGGAAGGGAUCAUUUUAAGGAAAAAUGAAGAGUACAAAGGCAAGAGAUCUCCCGACAUUCGCAAAUUCAAAAAAUGGUUGGAUUCCGAAUACACUGUCCGUUCACUUGACACCUCAUCCAUGCGAUUAUCGGUCGACGGGGUAUUCGGCGAGUACGAGGCAUUGGCGAAUGUGUGGAUCGAGCAUGAUGGUCAUCCCGUAUCAGUCGGCUCGGGUUUCACGGCUGAACAGCGUAUACGGUAUGCCAAGCAUCCUGAGCAGAUUGUUGGGAAGAUGAUUACGGUAGAGUACUUUGGUGAAUCAGAGUCAAUGGAGAGAGAUAAGAAGGGGAAGGGUCAGAAGAGUUUGAGGUUUCCUAGGGUCAAGGUAAUCUGGGAAGAGGGUAAGAGGGGGAUAUAA